ACGUAAGAUUAUAGACUUCAUUUAUAUUCACAUUAUUCAUAGUGACGUACAGUUAGUUACAAACAUUUUGUCGAGUUAACACGGUAAACGAAUUUCCCCCAAAGAAAGACAAAAUGAAAGUGUUAUUAGGACUAUGUUUAUUUUCUCUUGCUGUAUGCCAUGUGUCGGCUCUGGAAUGCUACAACUGUAUCAUGGGUUGUAAUGAUGAAUUCAAGGCUGAAGGUGUUUCCAAGGACACUUGCACUGGUUCGUGCAUGAAGACUAAAACAGAUGGGAAUGUAAUUAGAAACUGCCUGCCAAUCAUAAAGAAGGACGAAUGCGAGGAAAAGGACGGUGUCAGUGUGUGCGUCUGUACGUCAAACUUGUGUAACACAGCCACGAUUGAAACCAUGUCCACCUUUGCUGUCAUCACGACCUUCGCGUGUGUCUUUCUAAAUACCUUCAGAAAUAUCUUCUAAUAUUGCUAAUAGGAACUAUAUCAUGUACACAUGUACACUUAUAUUAACGUUUUAUUUUCUCUUUUUUAAAAAGCCAAACACCCAUUUUUUGUCAUGAUUCAAUUAUUAUGUUGAAUACUAGUAUAUGACUGUAUAAAAGGAUACUACGAAAGACCGGUGCGGACAUUUCAACUUCAUGAAUUACCGAUUGCAUCUUAGUGAAUCAACAAUUUUAACUUAGUAAAUUCACGUUUUCAACAUACGGAAUUCACGAAUUUGAAAUCUUGAAUUCAUGAAGUUGAAAACGUGAAUUCACGAAGUUGAAGUCGUUAAGUUCAAAACGUGAAUUCAAUGAUAUGAAUUCGUGAAAGCAUGAACUCGUGAGUUCGUGAAAAUGAAAUCGUGAGUUCGUGAAAAUGAAUCAUGAAGAUGAAAUCGUGAAUUCAUGAAGCUGAAGUCGUGAAAUCUGUAUGUUGAAAUCGUGAUUUCGUAAAGACAAACCCGAUAAUACAAGACGUUGAAAUGUAACCACAGGUCUUUUAUAGGAAACACUCUGUAAGAUAAAUCCAUUUCAUGUUCCACUAAAUGUUAUUAUUUGUCUCUAAAAAGCAUUGUGCAUAUUAACAUUGCGUCCCUUAAGUGCCGCUUGGAAUUUUAAAUUGAACAAGCACUGUACAUACUGUGACGUCAUUUUCAUUCAUAGUAUGACGUUAAUGUAUGACUGAGUCUCGACGUUUGCCUUACAAUGUUACAAAAUUUGUGUGAUUUGGCUGUGGUUCUCUUAGCAUUAUGGUAAGAUAGAGGAUAUAUGUUUGUUUUGCAUGUAAGAUCGAAAUACAUGUAUAUUAGGCUGAGUAGAUACCAGAUGCAAUAUAAUUAUUCACGAGUGGCGUAGUUUUUAUGUACACAUGUAUAUAAUCUUGAGUGUGUGUUUUAGUGGGUGAAAAUAUAGUUCAGUUUUACAUGCAAAACAAACAAAUUUUCUAUUUAUUUCAUGUUUCUUUAAAAUAGGUCAUUUUCACUUUUGUUGGACCGCGUGACGUCGUGCGUUCUACAUCAUGACGUCAUCAUGUAUCAAUUCUGUAAAAUUUCUCGAAUUUUCUUACAAUUCUAACAAUGCACUAUGCAGUUAUUUACUAGCUUCUCCUAAAGAAUUUACAUACAGCGGAAUGUAUUCCUGUUGAUAAUUCCAUUUACAUGUAGUUACGAAAUAUUAUUUUUAAUCCCAUUCAAAAAUAGUCCGGCUACAGUAAAAAAUAUCAAAUAUCAUUUCACUGUAAAAAAUAAUGAAAUGUAAUUUCACUUUCCAAUGCAAAGCAUGUAUAUAUAAUAAUAUAUGUGUCUGUACUGUAAUAUGUAAAAAACAAUUUUAUAUCACUGAGUUUUGCAUGAGUAUAUGGUAUAACUACAUGUUGUUUUUCCAACUCAUAUAAUAAAUGAUAGAACACUG